AUGGCGUCGAACGAUCGCAUAGACGUUCCCCUGACUCAAGCCUGGCGCGAGAGCCAGGAACAGAUUGAUAAAUUCUUCCUGCACGGGUUGAGCAACGGCGUCGCCAGCGCCUACAUCCGAAGCGCGCAUGCGUCAGGUAAGAGCACGAGCCUGGUUGCCCACAUACACGCACUGACCCAGCGAUCGAUGCCCGAAGCGCGAAUCAUAUAUGUCGUGCCACAAGAUGCCGAAGCCGUGAUGCUACGAACAUACCUGACCAGCGUCUCUGCCAACCCCCUCAACCCUAUCACGAUCAAGCUAAGCGAGGAUCCUAGCCUCGGAUUCGCUGCCAUCGUCAGCCACAAGACUUUCCUGGCAACCUUCAAGCCUCACGAUGUGAGCGACAAAACCAUCGUGCUCAUCGACACCCAGUCUUGCCCGACGACCGACGGCGAGCUGGCUCCGGGAACCCUACUGCACUGGGCGUACAUUCUGCGUCGACAGAGUGGAAAUGGUUCUGGAAAUGCAGUGGUCGUGAAAAGUCCGUUCAAGUCUGGGAGAACGCUUGCUGCGCUUGAGAGAUGGACCGAAAGCACCGUCAAGAUGGUCACAGUGUCCGACAGCUAUCCACGGAUCAAAGUAAUUCGGAUAAAAACGGAUACGACUUGGGACCAGCAGCUGGACAAGCUCUUUGCCAAAUGCCACUCGGCAGGUAGCCAUCACCGUGUACUAGCCAGCACAGCCUCUGAAUAUCACCCGGACCUCCCGUCCGCGUCCGAGGUCACCGACACUGCUAAGGACUGGAACAGCAUUCCCAGGGCGGUGGCCAAUUCGACUGCCUUCAUCAGGCCUGAGGUUGUGACUACACGGCAAGUCAUGUCACAACUAGAGUUCAUGAACGAAUACGCCUGGGUGUUGAAAUCAGCCGCGCCUUCCGAGGUCAAGUUCUUUGCGCCAUUCACCGAGGAGGACCUUCUCACAGGUCCUGGAUUUCACGAGGACGACCCCGAGGGUACCGCGUACCAUGAGGAUAUUGCCUGGACCAUAUUGAGAAUGGUAGAGACGUGGCCCGGGCUUCACUUUUUCGAUAUGCCGAUCAGAGUGCCCUAUGAUAUCAGGGCGGUCAGAGAAAUAUGUCGCCGUCUGCUGGCUGUUCGCGGCAUUGAGAGCGCAUGGGAUGACGGCGUGUAUAGACUCGCCAAAAAGGGUGAACGAGUCCUUGCGAUCAGAGAACACGCCGGACAGAUCCAAGACUUCCACGUGGCAUAUUUCCUGAGCAGCAUCGACGACAAUCCGAGCUUCUCAGAUAGUCUGAAGCGAGUCAUCAUCCGAAUUGCGGCUAUCUUCGCGGAAAACGUGGGCCAGCUGUAUGAAAUGGUUGACGAGAGCGCAGCUCAGUCACUGGAUGACCUCGUACGGGCUUCCACCGGUGUUGGAAGCAGACGUGUGCGCCGAGGAGCCGCCUGGCUAUCUCUGGGUGUUUGGCAAAAGGCUACGACUUCAGCCGACCGGACAGAAUCAGGACGACUGCUCGUCUCCCAUGACCACGCAAAAUUGAUCGCAGAGCGGGUUAAGUCGCUCGAAAACCAUUAUAAGCUCAGUCCAGCCUCAGAUGAGCUCAAGAGCACCGAGCUUACAGAAGAGGAGAUGGACCAUGUCGACCGACAGUUGGUGUGGGCAUGGCUUCAUCACAUUGUGUUUUUCCCAGACGCCAACGCGCUCCCUUUUGACGUGGUCUCGAUGAAGGACCUUGAGACCAACGAGCACGACUUUGUGGAUGUCAAGGUGCUAUUGAAGAGUCUGCAUAACGAUGGCGGACCGAAGAAUGUCAUGAAGGACAUUACGUUCAUACCCCACCGCAUCGUCGAUGAGGUGGAAGAUGCUCUGGGCAUGACGCCUCAUCGGGUGGUAGGAACCACGUUUCCGUUGCAACGCUGA